AUAAAUUACAAAACCAUUGAGUUCCGGCAUUAUAUAUAGAGUAAAAGAGCCCUCUGAAAUUGGGAAUUAGGUUUUCGGCCAAAAUCUCCGAUUGUCAGCUACAUUUUUCUUUUUCACGGCGAAUCGAACAGACCCCCUCGCUAAAAGCAUAAGAGGUACAAACCCCCAAAAUCUGGUGGAGAAGAUUUUGCGCACGAAAAUCUACCAAAAUACUUACUGGAAGGAGCAAUGCUUCGGGCUGACGGCGGAGAUGCUCGUCGACAAGGCCAUGGAGCUCGACCACCUCGGCGGGACUCAUGGUGGCACCCGGAAACCCACCCCUUUUAUGUGCCUUGUUAUGAAGAUGCUCCAGAUUCAGCCCGACAAGGAAAUCGUCGUCGAGUUCAUAAAAAAUCCUGAGUACAAAUAUGUCCGUGUGCUUGGAGCUUUUUAUUUGCGUUUAACGGGAAUGGACGUUGAUGUUUACCGUUACUUGGAACCUUUAUACAAUGAUUACCGAAAGCUGAGGCUCAAGCUAAAUGAUGGAAAAUUCACAUUGACGCAUGUUGACGAGUACAUUGAUGAGCUAUUGACAAAAGAUUACUCAUGUGAUAUUGCACUACCACGAAUCAAAAAAAGAUGGACGCUUGAAGGAAUUGGUUCUCUUGAGCCUCGAAGAAGUGCUCUUGAAGAUGAUUUUGAAGAAGAAGAGGAAAAAGAGGAAGAUGACCAACUUGCAGAUGGAUUAGAUUCUACUGUCAAUGACAAGGAUUACUACCGGGCACGAAGUCCAACUAGGGAAAAAGAUCGAGACAGGAAACGUGACAGUCACAGAAACAGGUUUCUCUGCACUGGCAGUGUGCAGCUGAGAAGUAUGAUGGAUCGUACAAUUGUACUCUGUAAAACAAACAGUAAAAGUAUUCAGUGUAAUUUUUUCCCUUUGCUUUUCUUGUUGCACUCCAUCUCCAGUUGUAUUGCUGCUGUACUUGUAAAAUUUGGAGGUUGUGACAGUGCAAAGAACUUGCUUGUGUGUAUUUUUUUGUUAUCCAAUUGAUCGUUGAUGCAAUAUAAUUUCCUACUAUAUGGGUCUGAAGCAUGUCAUCGUAGCAUUGUUCUUCUGCAUUGGUUUUAAGGAAAUGCUUCUCUAUUGCUCAAUUUCUUCAAGAAAUCUACAUAAGAGGAUCAACCAUUUACUUCAACUAUUUUUCAAAUGUUGAAUAAUUCUAUGAUUUAGAGUACAAAUUGUCUCUAGGAUUGAAGCCUCUGAGGAUGUAAAAACUGCCAGUUUUACCAUUCAAUACUGGGUGUCAUUUAGAUGGAUGAAUAGUAGGUCUGCUUCUCAAUUUGUACUUUCAAAUAUUUUGAAUGUAUUGAUGAUGCUUUCAAGCCUUCAAGUUUAAAUUAGAAGAGUGGAAAUCUACUAAAAAGUCUAAAACCAUAGAUUGAUUA